UGAAACCAACCCUAAGUUAUUUUUAUCUCCGCCCUAAAGGUCAGUUUUCCCAACUUGGAAACAUUGAUUAUUUUCCACUUUGGAAAACAUGAGUGGAAUUUACAUGAAGUAGCACUCUGUACAUCUUUUUCACUGUUGGCAUGAACUAUGCAGGUCAGUUUUCCCAACUUGGAAACAUUGAUUAUUUUCCACUUUGGAAAACAUGAGUGGAAACCACAACCAACCCUCUUCCUCUAAUGAUGACAAAAAUCUUGCAUCUGCUCAACAUGGAUCAAGUCUCGGAAACCGGAAAACACUGAAGUUACUUGAAUGCAACAAAUUGAAGAAUUUAGUAUCUUCUUUGGUAUCUUUUCGUAGUUUGAUGACUUUGGAGGUGUCAAGAUGUCAUGAAUUAGAAAAUUUAGUAACUCCCUCAAUAGCUAACAGCAUGGAACAACUCAAAAGAAUGACCAUAAUUGAUUGCAAGAAUAUAAAAGAAAUCAUUGAGGGCAGAGAAGCGGAGGGCAAAAUUGAAUUUAAACAACUGAAGUCUCUUAGACUCCAAUGGUUACCAAGCCUCGAGAGAUUCUGCUCAGGGAGUUACUCCAAUUUCCCACAAAUGGAUGAAUUGAUUGUAAAAGAAUGCCCUAAAUUGGAGACUUUCUCUGAUGGUGUGAUAGACAUUCCACUGCUGAAGAAAGUAUGUCGGACAGGAUAUGAUAAGGGGUGCCCAACAGUUAACUGUGGCCUCAAUGCCGCCAUAAAAACGCUUAAUGUAGAAAAGAGAGACACUUUGGAGGAGUUAGGGUCUCUCCGUUGGAAUUUAGGUAAACUUUGGGAGCCACUAUCCGCCGAAGGUACAUGAGUGUCAUCUUCAAUUUGAAAGGCUUUUGAUUCAGAGUGUGUUGAAAUUAUAGCAGGUUUUAUUCUCCUUCAUUUCUAGUUUUCUGCUCUGCUAACAUAUAUUUUCCCGUUGGUUUGGAUGGUAUCUGAGAUUAUGAUUAAACAUUCAUGUAAUCAUGUUUUUCUUUCGAAUUUGUAUUUUUUAGGUUUUAUAUUGUCAUGCAAAUCAAUUCAAAUCUUUCUUGUUUAUUUUAACUUGGAAUAAUCUUGGUAUUCUGCUUGGCAGAGUAGGAAACUUUGAUAUUUGAGUCUUGCACUUUGUAGAUGGUUUGUUAUAGUUUGCAAUUUAGUUUGAUUUGAUAGUGCAAUGAUGCAUUAACUUAUAGAUUGAUUAAUAUUAUGUUGUAUACUCUUUGAAGUAGAUUGCAAUUAAAAUUUAUACCCAAAAAUAUCUUUCCCUUGUAGUCAAAUUACAUAAAAAUUAUACUUCUGGGUUACCCAGUUCUAUUGUGGCUUCUGCUUUGGUUAAAAUACCACUUUGGCUCCUCAACUUCAAUUUUCCUUGCCAAUUUUUGUUGCUGCAGAAGUGUUAGGUGGCAAUAAAAUCAAUGACCUGCAAAAGAAAACUUGCUUUUUUAAUGAUUUAGCAUUGUUUUGCCUUUCCAAAAUUGGCAUUUAAUUAAUAAAAACUUAUUGUAAAU